AUGGUUGAUGGAUGCAUAGACUGGUCAGUGGAUCUGAAGGAGUACCAUGUGCUGGCAGGCGAGCCUGUUCGAGUUAAAUGUGCCUUGUUCUACAGCUACAUACGCACCAACUACACCAUGGCCACCAAUGCCAAGCUACGCCUCAUCUGGUACAAGAACAAAGGAGAUGCAGAGCGGACCAACGGUCCCUCCCUCAACCAGAGACCACCCAUGGAGACGUCGGAGACGGUGCGACAGGAAGCAGAAGCGCGGCUGCCGCGGAGGACUAACAGCUAA